UACUCAACAAUUACAAUUAAGAAAAGAAAGAAAUAAGAGAUAUCAAGAUAAAAUAAAACAAAAAACUCUAGCCAACUUAAUACCAUCUACACCUGCAAUGGAGACACAAAAUCUACAACAUUUACUAUCUCAACAGAAUUUGAAUAAAAACCAUACCGAUUCUACAACAGUUGCAAACACAAAUAAUUUAUCAAGGUAACCUUUAAUACGCAGUAUACAUUAUUAAUAUUAUUUCAACUGCUUCUAAAUCAUUUUUGUCAUUUAUCAAUAACGAUUUCAACAGAAGUAAUGAUGCUGCAUGUGGUCAACAAGAAACGAGACAAAUAUUAUCUACAUCUUCAUAUACAGGCCCUUUUAGAUUGUACCAACAACGUAAUAUUUGUGCACAGCCGCAGGCAAACUUGUAUAAUUACACAGACAUUCCAAUGAUGCCCCCAGGAAACUGUCUCUUUCACUCUCUAAUAAAGAUUCUUGAUCUACAAAUUUCACCUACGGACCUGCGACGACAACUAAGAGAAUCACUAUUUUUGCAAUCUUGUGGAGACCCUCUUUUCACAAGCCAGAUAUUGCAUAGCGAUACUGAAUAUGGAGACAUGGAUUGCUUAUACCUUUUUUCGAGAGUUUAUAAUCAAAACAUAUGCGUUCAUCUGCAAUAUACUGACAUUAGAACUAACACUGAAACAUUAACUUUUUGCCACUAUGACGUUACUGACUCACUAAAUUUUAUGCACCUACAUCUACAAAAUUUACAUUUUACACCAUAUAUCACAGUACAAGAUGUUAUUACACAGAAUAUAAUAAAUGCUACUGUCUACUGUGAAAACCAUGGGAAUGACAUGAGUGAUGAAGUUUGCCAUGAAGCACAUGAAAAUGAUAUUUCUGCAAUUCCUGAUCUUUCGAUUCAGAGUUAUACAAAUUAUUAUAAACAUGCACAAGGACAUCUACAUUUUUAUAAAAUUUUUACAAAAAAUACAUUUGGAAUAUCGUGUGCUGUAUGUGACAGGCUGUGGUGGAACAACGAUUUAAAAACAACUUCUGAAAUACACAAUGAUAUUUUGGAAAAGAUCUUGUCGCUUUACCAGACAGGUAAUACGGUAAAGGUGUGCUCUACUUGUAAAUCAGCGUUGGACAAAAAAAAAUACCAAUAUUGUCAACAUAUAACGGUUUUUCAUACCCGACAAUACCUGCUCAUUUACCAAAGUUAGAUAUUGUUUCUC